CUCAUCAAGUCUAGUCUGAUGGACAAACCAAGAAGUCAAGAAGGCUCCAUCCAAAACAAAAUGGAUGCUUCCAAGAGGAUGGUGAGAUCGAAUGUAUCAGUGCAGCUUCACCUUCUGCCGACUGAUGUUCUGCGUGACAUAUUGUCACGGCUAUCACUGAAACAAGCCGUGAGGAUGAACAUACUUUCUCGUGAAUGGAGGUUGUUAGGGAUAUUCCACCCUGACCUGGUGUUCACCGAAGACACCUUUUUUGGCAGCAGCAUAGCCAUGAAUACUAACACGGAGCAUGUGCCUGCUGAAUUUAUUACCGGAGUGAACAAUGUGUUGCGCCCGAUGUGGUCUACUUCCACAAUGACAACUACCACGGUGGAUAACUUUGUUGUCAAAUUUGGUCUCAAUAGACACCAUAUGCAUCACAUUGAUAGAUGGAUUGACUUUGCCGCCGCGUCAAUGGCCAAGCACAUAGGUCUUGAUCUCUCUGGAGAAGCCGUCCGUGAAGAGGACGAGUAUAUUGUCCCGUUGCGCAAACUCAGUGGCCCAAAUGGCUUUUGUGUCAAGUCUCUUGACAUGGCUUCUGUCUGUUUAAAGCUGCCUCCUGGUUUCCGUGGGAUCACAAACCUUAAGAAACUCAAGCUACAUACGGUGUCCAUCGAUGCAGAUGAUCUCCAACACUUGUUGGUAACUUGUGCUUUUCUCGAGAGCUUAAGCUUGGAUUCUUGCCCCAUGUCAAGUCUUAUUGUAUGUGAGGACCUCUCUCAGUUGCAGCACCUCAGUGUGUGCGAGUGUGCGUUGAGAAUAAUCCAGUUGCAAGCUCCAAACCUUACCACAUUUGAGUUCGAUGAUUGUCGGACACAAAUUAUGCUCGGUAAAUCUUCAAAGCUGGUAGACGCAACCGUCGUGUUCAAGCACAUGUCGUACAACUGGUGUACUGAUGAGCUCGACUAUAUCUUGACUAAGCUUCCAACUGCUCUUCCUUAUGUGCAUAAACUCUUUCUGAAUUUGGUUGUUCAAUACGAGAUGCAAACAUUCAGUAAAACGCAUGCCACUUUCAUCAAUCUGAGGCAUCUGAACUUGAACAUUGAUAUCAUAUUCAGUCAAGAGGAUACUGAAUGGGUUAUGGGGUUGGUUAACAUCUUGGAAUUAGCACCUCUCUUAGAAGAACUGGAACUGCACAUAGCUUGUAACAGAUUUGGCCUUCUUGAUAGGACAGUGACAGCUGUUCCAGGGCCUAUGCAUCGCCAUCUCAAGAGUGUCCACAUUACUGGAUUUUGUGAAUUCAUGGGAAUAGCCGAGUUGGCGCUGUACAUCCUUGGGAAUGCCAUUGUGCUCGAGCGUAUGAUAGUAGAUCCAGUGUUUUGGAUGGAAUAUGGAUACCCAUAUAGUGGUCAAUUCUUCUCGGUCAGCAAGGCCGUUAGCAGCGAGGAGUUUGUUCGUCCUAGUGUUACCAAGGAGGAGCUGCAGGGCAGGGAGUUUGCUGAAAAACAACUUGACAGAGAGGAGUUUCGUGACUUUCGUCACAUCUUUACCAUCUUAUGAAUAAUAACGCAGGGGCUUGCAAUUUUUAUCUAUAUAAGUAAAGAUGCUUGAUGGAUCAGUGUUGUGAAAAAUUGACUAGGAUCUUGCUUAUCAUUCCAUAGCAAACUAUCUGAUGUUUGAAGGAUCGGUCCACUGAAGGCAUGUGCAAGCUGGAUGAUUAGAAACAAGUAGUGCAUACACUCGAAAAAUCAGUGGCGUCUACAGUCUGCAAUCUGGGUUAUGCUUUGGUUCUAUGAUAUGUUAUUUGUUUGUUUUGGUAGUAUGAACAGAAGCAGGAACUAAUGAAUUGAUUGUGGCACUCUUUUAUCUUAAGAAAUCAGGGGAUUAUUAUUUUGUA